CGUCCACUUGGAGGAGACAAAAAUCCAAAUGAUGACGUCGAGGUGGCGUCACAGCCGAGGAUGCUGGGAGGAGAGGCUAAGGAGGAAGAAGAUGAAGAUACCAGCAGCAGAAGAGUAAACAACAGCCGAAUGCGCGCGCGCGCGCACACACAAGCCGACAGCGGCUGACUGCCACACGCACAGACUCGUCGAGACGCGACGCGGCGCGUGCUCACAAGUCCUCCACAUGACACAGUAGAUAGAGCGCAGCUUGGGGCUAAUUGCCGCCUGGCGAGUCGGCACGCGCACGCGCGCACAAUGCAGUCUCAAAGGUUUGCUAGGGGACGCUGAGUAGUGCGCGUUGGCCGGCCGCGUCGGCUUGUUUGCCUGCGCAUAUGUGCGCACGUGCAAUUGAGUGUCAUGCCAUCUGAAACGCGUCAUCGUGGAAAUCGCGCUUCUACUGGGCGUCCGCUUUUACAGCUCGGUCGUCAACCUGCGGCACCGGAGCCACAGGCGGCUCUUUCAUCCCUCUGCCGCCUGCCGCUCUAGUUGCGGUUACCUUUUGAGGAUCAAGCUGCUGUUGAUGAAUUUUGCCAGAAGAAAAUCUUCUUCCACGCAAGCGCCCGAUAGCCCAGCCAGGAAGAGCGCGCGACCAUGCCACCGGCCGCCACGCCGCAGUCGACCGGAUUACCCGCGCGACGGCCGUAACGGGGAGCUCCACGUUUGCGUCGGAGGUCCAAAUGUCGUGAUCCCCGACCGACGAGACUCCGGGUCGAGAUGUCCAAACGAACCGCGGGAGGGCGGGGCAAGGGGGAUAGAGCCGACCCCGAGGCGAGCGUUCGGGCGGCCAACGACGAGCUGAGAGCCAAACUGAUGGACGUCCAGUUAGAACUACAGCAGGAAAAGAACAAGGUCAGCCGUCUGGAAAGAGAAAAAAGUCAAGAACUGAGGGCGGAGCAUCACCGCGCCGCCGUGGCCAUGACGGAACUUAAAAGCAAACUCCACGAGGAGAAGCAGAAAGAGUUGGCCGCGACCAGGGAGACGCUACUACGGCAGCACGAGACGGAGUUGAUGAGAGUGAUCAAAAUCAAAGACGGCGAGAUUCAGCGACUCAACGCCUCGGUCCAGGCGUUGAGGGACGGCUCCUCCGCCGAUAAGCUGAGGAGCGCUUUGCAGGCAGAGGCGGAGGAGACGCGAGGGACCUGGGAGGCCGAGCGACGUCGCCUCCAGCGGGAGAUUCGGGAACAACGCGGAGCAAAGCGGUGCGCCGAAGAAGCUUUGGCGACAGCUCAGCAGGCCUGCCAGUCCCGAGCGGCCGAGCUCCGAUCCGCUCACCAGGAGGAGCUGAACAGAACCAAGAGGGACUGCGAGAGGGAGGUCCGCCGACUGAUGGAUGAGAUCAAACUCAAGGACAGAGCGGUUAGCGUUCUGGAUAAAGCGCUGGGGCUGCAGGCCGGCCACGCCCACCGUCUCCAGCUGCAGACUCAGGCUGCCGAGCAGCAAAUCGCAGCUCUGAGAGAUGCGCACAGGGCGGGGCUAAACUACCCCGGAAAUGUGGCCGACGUCUGCGAUCCCCCUCAUCCGUGGCAGGAGGAUCGAGACGCGCGACGGUUUCAACUGAAAAUCGCCGAGCUCAGCGCAGUCGUCAGGAAACUGGAGGAUCGAAACGCUCUGCUUUCUGAGGAACGCACCGAACUGCUGAAGCGACUGAGAGAAACGGAAAGUCAGUUUAUCCCUCUUCUGGACAAAAACAAGCGCGUGAGCAGGAAGAAUGAAGAGCUGUCGCUCAUGCUGAGUCGCCUGGAAAACAAACUGCGCUUCGUCACGCAAGAGAACAUCGAGAUGUCGACCAUGAGGAGGCCCAGUUCACUCAACGACUUGGACCGCCGCAGCAGCUCCGGCGCUUACCGCGAAUACGGCCAGCCGGAUAGCGAAAUGGAGUUUCUGCGACUUCAAGUUGCGGAACAGCAACACAUCAUCGACGAUCUGUCUAAGGCUCUGGAAACGGGAGGGUAUGUCAAAAAUGUCCUAGAACGAGAUUUCUUAUUACGGUACAGACGUCAAGAUUCCUUGAGGAGGAAACGAACGGUGAGAUCGUGCCGGGUGAUCGAAACAUUUUACGGAUACGACGAAGACGUGUCCGUGGAUUCGGACGGAUCGUCCUUGUCUUUUCACACCGACAAAACUCCUGACACGGAACCUGAAGAGGUGUGCGUUCGCGAGGAGGCGGAGCUUCGCUACCGCCAGUUGACGCAAGAAUAUCAAGCGCUGCAGCGAGCCUACGCUCUGCUCACCGAGACCAGCGGCGGGAUCUACGAUGCCGAGAAGGAGAUCAAGACCAGAGAACAACUGCUGGCUGAAAUCUGUCGAUAUCAAACCAGAGUCGCAGAUCUGGAGUCGGCCCUCGUACAACAAGGACAGGAUGUCAAGUGGGUGGAGGAGAAGCAGUUGUUGUAUCAGAGGAACCAGCAGUUAGUGGAAAAGGUGAAGCAGAUGGAAGCGGAAGUAGCACGUCUGCAAAAUGACAUCCAGGACGCCAAAGACCAAAACGAACUACUGGAGUUCCGAAUUUUAGAGUUGGAGGAAAGGGAGUGGCGCUCCCCUGGCAUCAAGGUCCAGCAAGUCCAUUUCCCAGACAGCCUCAGCCCAUUGCAGAUCUACUGCGAGGCGGAGGGCGUAACCGACAUCGUGAUCAGUGAUCUGAUGAAGAAGUUGGACAUCCUGGGAGAUAACGCCGUAAGUAAUCUGACAAAUGAGGAGCAGGUGGUUGUGAUUCACGCCAGGACUGUUCUCACCCUUGCCGAGAAGUGGUUGGAAUCCAUCGAAGUGACAAAGUCUGCUCUGCGACAGAAGAUGUUGGACAUUGAAAGCGAGAAGGAUUUGUUCUGCAAGCAGAAGGGCUACCUGGAUGAAGAACUGGACUUCAGGAAGCGAUCCAUGGAUGAGGCUCACAAGAGGAUCCUGGAGCUGGAGGCCAUGUUGUAUGAAGCGCUACUGCGGCAGGGCCCGUCCGGGACAGACGGACAAAAGGCCAAAGACGCCGGCCUGAACAACGUGCUGACUGAUGAGCAGAGGGAGGGGCUUAGAAGCGCCACGGACCAAUGGAAGCGUGCCGUGAUGGUGGAGCUGAGGGAGCGAGACGCUCAGAUCCUCAAGGAGAGAAUGGAGCUGCUGCAAGUCACGCAACAGAGGAACAAAGACUUGGAAGAAUUCAUCGAAGCUCAAAAACGGCAAAUCAAAGAGUUGGAGGAGAAGUUUCUCUUUCUCUUUUUAUUCUUCUCCUUGGCCUUCAUCCUCUGGUCCUAACAUGGGCUGUCGAGCCAGGGAAAGCGGAUACGAGAAGUGGCAAAUAAUGGAGAGGCGGGACGGGGGCCGACAACGGGGACACGGCGGUAAUGACCUUGACUAGAGCCUCUCGAGCUGACCCGAAAACGAACGCUCAGAUGCUGACAUUACUGCCACGAGAAGUACCCCUCCCUGCCCGUGUGGCUGCGUGUUGGUGCAAAUAGUGUUCUUUGUUGUUAUGUCCCAAGCAAAGCAAACCGGCACCAGCAGGCAACAGGACACGUGUGACCUUGGUCUGACAUGCUCAUGCAUACAGACCCUGAAGCAACUGCGGAAGUACUGUCAUGUCCAAAACAUUGAAGAUAGGUGAGAUUUACACCUAGAGAAAACCGUGCCACAGUGCCCCGGACUGGCUGAAUCUCCAAACAGGUACCCUAUCCACAUAACUCCACAUGUUCUGUACUUAAAAAGAAGUGUCCCCAAAUGAUGUGUCAGGUUUAAGAGAGAAUGAAGAAUUGGGCCGGCCGGCCAGCCAGCGGUAUGUUCAUGUUGCGAAAGGACAGCGGAUGGAUUUAUGUCAGCCUUGUAGUCAGCAACGUUUUCCGGGUGCUCUUUAGGGAAACAAUACUUCUAACCCUUUCAAAAUGGAAUUUCUUGUACAGUUGACUUAUUAUUUGAACGGAUGGAAAUGUCUUGUUGUUGUUGUUUAUACUGCAGUUCAUACACAAAUGUUCAAAUAAAAACCUUUUGCAAUGGGCAUCAA